AUGACUGGCACGGUACUGAUCACCGGCGGCGGGAGCACCGUAGGUACCCACCUCGCGCACCUCCUCUCCGCCGCCAACAUCCCCGUCCUCUUCGGGUCGCGCUCAGGCAAACGCAUCCCCUCCAGCUUUCCCUCCGUCAAACUCUCCUGGGACGACCCAUCCACCUUUUCCAACCCUUUCGACUGGGCGAGCUCCAAGUCCAACACCACCAUCAAAACCGUGUACUUGAUCGCGCAUAUGGACGGUGUGGAUCUUAGCGGGACGUUGAUUCCGUUCAUCGAUUUGGCGGUGGAGAAGGGCGUGAAGAGGUUUGUGUACUUGAGCGCUUCGUCGGUUGAUAAGGAACACAAUGUGGCGGGUAUGGGGAGUGUACCUAUCUACCUCGUGGAGAAGGGGUUGGAUAGGUAUAUCCUGAGGCCUACUUGGUUCAUUGACAACCUAAUCCACACAUACGGCCAUGGAAUUCGCGAAAAAGGCGAAAUCGAAACGGUUGUACCAACGCGUCGAAUCCCGUUCGUCGCAGCGGAGGAUAUCGCCCGAGCCGCGUUCGAAGGUAUCGUUGCAGACGAGAACAAAGUGAAAGAAGUCAUCAUCAUCGGACCUGAGUUGUUGACAUACGACGAGGCAACAACAACAAGUACCAUCCUCUCAAAACCCAUAACCCACAAACCCAUCUCCGCCGACGAGAUGAUAAAAUUCUACAGCCAUGCCCUCCCGCCUGACGUCGCGCACGGCCUUACCCAAGCGGAACUAGCCAUCGAAUCUGCUGGAACGGAGGAGAGGUGGGCUAGCCUUAGCACUGAAGAGCAGGAGAAGAUGGGUUUGAAGGUUUUCGUUGGGAAGACGAGUGUUAAGGAGUGGGUGGAGAGGAAUAAGGGCUUGUUCUGA